AUGUCUCAAAGAAAUAGCCCAAGUACAAAUACGAAUGAAUACGAUGUUUUUGCGAUAGACAAGCAAUUCUGGAUUGGUAAAACCAAAUUAAUGCUAAAUGAUGUUGAAAGAGCACAUGCUGACUUAAUUAACCUCCAAGAUGGAUUAAAUCGUUCUAUAAGACACAUAAAUAGAAAAGCACAAGCGAAUUUUAAUGCAAUCAAUCGUCUUGCUAACGACGUAAACACAAAUUCGGCAACAGUCGAAUUGCAAAUACAAACAAUAUUAGAGCGUAUCGAACAUUUAGAACCAAAUAAUACAGAUGAAAAUGAUAUCUCUCAACAUAAUAGAUCGGUAAGAUUAAAUGAUACAUUAAUUAGAAUUGAUCCAUUCGUGGACGAUAAUCCUGUAGUAGUAAACGAAAUUUUCACAUUAACAGGUAUUACCUGUUUAGAAGUAUUUUCUCAAGAGUCUGUAUCCGCAUUUGACAAAUGGGCGCGACGUUUUAAAGAUUAUUUGGCAGCUAUGUGCAGAAAUAUGAAUGAAGAAGAGAAAGUGGACAGACUACGUCUUGCUUUGGAUGAUACGCCUCGAGACUUAUUUGACAAACUGUCCGUAGCUGAAACUCUUAAUGUUGAAACGGCCCUCAAGGCACUGAAGGACAAAUUGGAUUCACCACAAAGAAAAGAAUUAGCAAAAAGAGACCUAGUAAUGUGCAAACAACGAGAUGACGAACCAGUAAGUAUUUUUCUAAAACGAUUGACUGCGCUAAUUGAAGUCGCUUAUUCUAGUUUAGGACCAGUACAAUUAAAAGAGAGGUUAUGCGAAGAAUUUUUAGACCGCCUGAAGCCCGAUUUAUCCUUUCUCAUUAGAUUAGCAGGCCUUUCAAAAGAAAAGGACCUAGAACUUGUUAGAACUCAGGCUGAAGAAUUAGAACUAUUAUUAAAGACACAUAAAGGGCAAGCUCCAGGGUUAUUUCCCCAACUCAUACAGGCAAUUGAUCGAAACCCACAAAUGCCUUCAUCAAGUAAUCAGUUUGUAGCGCAGAAUAACAGGCCAUUUCAGGACCAGCGCGGUAACCAACAAAGAAAUAAUUAUCCUCAAAGAAAUAUGUAUAACCCGAGGCAAAAUGAGGGUCAGAAAAGAUUUAGGGAUUGGAAUAAUAAUCCAGACGAUGAGCGUACAUGGAAUAGCCGUCCUGUAUGUAAUUUUUGUAAAAGAACGGGUCACCUUGCCUUUAAUUGUUUCGAAAGGAAGAAACGUUUUAAUCAAAACUGGAGGCAAAAUGUUAAUGCAAUGCAGGACAACCCUCAGUCUCCCAGUCCAAGCAAUCUAAGCUAUCCAGCUUCUACAAUAACCGUAGAUGCGAACGAACUACUGCGAGCAUUUGCAUCAAUGAAGAUACUGCCCUCGGGUAGAAAAUCCUGUAAAGACUCAGAAACUAUUAAUGCUAUAAGCAAAUGUGAUAAAUCAGAAAAAACUGAAAUCAAAAAUAAAGAUAAACCUAAGAUUGAAAAUAUCCAGGUAAAUAAGGUUGAAAAUAAAACAUUAAAAACUACAAAUUGGGAAGGCGGAUUAUUAAUGCGGAUUAUUAAUGCGGAUUAUUAA